GUGCUGUCGUGAAUGGAUUUUCUGGAGUUGGUGCAGCCGCCAUAUUUCCUUUAUGGACUGUUUUGUGUGUGGUAUUUUAUAUUAUUUUUAAGUGACUGUGUAACAAGUUUUGACUAAACCAAGACAGUUUGUUAAGUGUAUAGACGUUAGUGACGUUUAGGGCUAAAAACUUCAACGCCGAAAGAGAAGUAUUGUGCAGAUAAUAGGUGAUGUCAGCGGGCGUGUCAGAUCAGCGGAUGAAAGGACAAGGGAAUCAAGUAAAUGGCCCGAAGGACCACGUGAACGAGCAUGAAGACUUUGACUCAUGGAGGGCUCCGCAUCAUCAGGGAUACAACAACGCCAUUUCAACAUCGAUGGCUUCAGACCCUUACCUUUCAAGUUAUUAUGGAGCAGCGUCGUUCCCUUAUCAAGCAUUUGGAGUGGGAGAAGGUACAUGGUCGAAUGGAGGGGAUCCUAUGACCUUCCUCGGUGGGUACGGCAACCAGAUGGGUCACGACUCGUAUGGAAUGGAUGGCAUGUUCGGCGGGGGAGGCACUGGAUUCGGCACGGCGUUCGGACAGCCGGCAGCAGCGGGAUUUAACUACUUUCAUAGCAGUGGGGACUAUUCGACGUGGGCACCGACGCGCAAGUACGAUGACUACUAUCGCAGCGGGGACAACAUGUACGGGGCGGCCACGGCUCCGGGGGUAGGAGGCUCAGGUGGGGUGGAUGGGUUGAAGGCGGUGGAGCAAGGCAUGCAAGUGCUGGGUCUGUCGGAUGUUCCUGCGGGCAGUGGCAGUGGUAUGAAAGUGGACGGGAAGGACGUGAGCAAGCAGGGCGGACAGGAUGUGGGGAAGCCGGGAGGCAUGGAUGCGGGACUUGGGAUGGGAGGUGUGCAGACGAGCGCGAAUUCAGCACCGAAGAAGACGACGUGGGCGGCGAUAGCCAGCCAGCCGGCCAAGCCCCAGCCGCCGACGAGUUCCGGCGGCAUGAAGAAGAAGGGUCCCGGCAUGCCCCCGCCACCGAUGGUGCCAGGCAAGCACAACAUGGACAUCGGCACGUGGGAAGGAAAGAACGGCAGCUCCAACUCCAUGGCAGGGUCCAAACAGCCGGUAGGACCGCCUCCCACGGUUCGAACAUCUUGGGGUGCUCCGGUGCGAGGGAACGGCCCGCGAGGUGCGGGAGGUCCCCCGGGGGCGGCUUACCCCGCACCCCCGCACCAGGUGACGAUCCUGGCCGGGCCCCACCACCCUGCCCCCCCACCACACCACCAGCUGCAGCAGCCGGGACCCCCUCCGGGACCCGGCGUCAUGGUGCCCACGCCCAUGCCCUCGCAUCCUGUCUUGGACGAACUCAGAGUGAAGAACAACUACAAUCCUCCGGACUUCGACCUGUCGGCAAAAGGGGCUCGUUUCUUCGUCAUCAAAUCGUAUUCCGAAGAUGAUAUUCACAGGUCCAUCAAGUACGAAAUAUGGUGCUCGACGGAACACGGCAACAAGCGGCUGGACCAAGCUUUUCGCGAGCGGGAAUCGAAAGGGGGCGGCCCCGUUUUUCUGUUCUUCUCCGUGAACGGCUCGGGCCACUUCUGCGGCAUGGCGCAGAUGGUGUCGCCGGUGGACUACCACGCGACGAGCUCGGUGUGGUCUCAGGAUAAGUGGAAGGGGCAGUUCCGCGUACGCUGGGUGUACGUGAAGGACGUGCCCAACACCCAGCUGAGGCACAUCCGGCUGGAGAACAACGAGAACAAGCCGGUGACCAACUCGCGGGACACGCAGGAGGUGCCGUUCGAGAAGGGAAAGGCGGUCCUCAGGGCCAUCCACAUCUUCCAGCACACCACAUCCAUCUUCGACGACUUUGUGCACUAUGAGAAGAGACAGGAGGAGGAGGACAGCCGCAAGGUGGACGUCGUGCGAGGCGGCCCGGGGCAGGGCCCCCCGUCGGCAGGCAUGCCGCCCCAGCAGAAGGAACGAGAUGGUGGUGGCAGAGGGAGGGGUGGACGCGGGGGCAGAAAUUAACCCAGCAGUGUUCCCCCCAUAGCUUCUCAUUACAACUAUUAAUGCUGCUGUGUAUUGUAAUCUUUUUUGUGAUGAGUUCAGCAAUUCUGUCUGUACUAUUAUAUAGAGGGUGAAUUUUCUUCGUUGACUUUUUUGUUUUUUAUUAGUUGAGAUGAAUAUGAAUUGUGUGUGUAGGACAUGGUUAAUCAUCAGUCUGAUGCAUAUUCAUUCUUCAUGUAUUCACAUGUCUCUUCGUGCUUGCAAUUAUGUGCUUGUGUACCCAUCCCUCCUCGCCCCAGUACGCCUCGUUUAUUGACCCCCCUACUCCCGGGGAGAGACAAGCGGGUAGAUGCCACUAUUGGAGCGCUGCACUAUAGGAUACGGUCUUUAUGGCAUUUCAGUUACUACCUGUGCUUUAGACGUUUUCAAACGAUGCAAAUGUCAUCAAAAGCUCCACUCAUUUUUCAAUGUUACUUCUAAUCUGUUUAUGCAAUUCAGUAAGGCUUACUUGUAAUGGUUAUACUUGAAACUGAUCUAUCCAGGUUGGAAAACCACGGUUGAAUGUUGGUAUUAUUGUUUUCACUUAACUUUUAACUUUAAACACUGUUUUGCAAGACUUAUUAUAUGGUGUUUUGAUAAUACCAGUGCAAUAUUUUUUUUUUGGGAUCAAUCAGUGCUUUAGUUGGUAAAGUUUGGAGAGUUCCUGAUUGACAGUGUUAUUUACUUGCCAUUAGCUGUUCCCCAGCCUGUCACAAAAUUACGAUGAUGCAGUCAGGUAGGGCCAUGUUAACUAUCCUUAAUCAAUGAAGUUAUCCCAAUCAUUGUAUUCGUAGUUAUUUUUUUAAUGUAUUAGCCUGACCAUGCUGAUAUAUAUUAUGUUUCUACUUCCAAAACCUGAUCUGAUUGAAUGUUAUAACUCUGUAUUAUUUUUUAUCAUCACUGUCAAACAAUGCAUAUAUAAAUACAUGUAUAUGUGGGUGGGUGUUUAAAUGUCAAUGUAAAUUUUCAAAUUUUUUUUGUGAUAAAUUAUAAAUAAAUAUUUAAUGUUUACAAUUCAGAAAUUUAUAACAUGUGAUGAGUGCAGGCAUCUUAGUGGAGAUAUGUCGGAACAACCAAAUUAGACUAUUUUUGUGUCGCUUAGCUCUCCUCUAUUUAUUUCAGUAUUUAAUGCCCUUAACUUUGAAACCUAACUGAAAACUUGACUGGGAGUAGCUACACAAGCUUUCAUUUAAAGUAAACAAUCCUAAAAAAGUAAUGACUUCUUUAUUCGAAAAUCCUGUUUUUGUUAGGAAAGCCAAGUCAGUGAAGUGCUUUCAUAAUUUAUUUCAUGGAUUAUUCACAAUUUCUCUCAUCAAUAAAUGUUGCAUUGCAGCUGCAGGCGAACAUACCUCACUUAGGUUUUCUGAGUACUCCAUUAGGAGCCAACUGCCAGCUCACAUUUUGUUCUAAUUAUUUUAAAAUUGUGAUUCCUAUAAUAGUUAUUAAAUGUUAAAAGUAUGUUUAUAUGACUAUAUGGAUAUCAAAUGCAUUUCCUGUGUGCUGAUUAUCAACUAUAGUUUGUUGUGUGUGUAUGUAUUGUUUAUUUUUAAAUAUUCAAACCAUGUCAUAUUUCAGCAGGAAUACUGUGUACUGACUACUUUAAACACAGUAUUCAUUCUUGAUUUUCAAAACUCCACUGAUUUAUACAUACACACAGGCCACUUUUUCAGUCAUCUACACCAUUUUCCCCCUCUGAACCUUAAAUGUGUGACAUUCUUCCUGUGUACAGGCAAGCUUUUGGUUUUCAGAAGUUCUUUUGUUUUGUGUCUGUGAUAGUUUAACUUCACCCAAAAAUAUAAAUAUACUUUGUUGUAUGUGUGUUGAAAGAAUUAACAGCUGUAAGAAAAUUUCAUAAAAUUAUUAUAGAAUGGAAUUUGAUGUUCAGAGUCUUAAUCUUGUGUUUGUGGGUAAACAUUAAUGUUUUGAUGUUGGUAAAGGAAUAUUAUUCAAGUUCAACACUGCUAUCGUAGGUUGUUAUAAUUUUUUGACAUAUGCAAACUACAUAGUAUAUCAAUAUACUAAAUACAGGAGCAGUGACAUCCGCAGCAAAAAAAAUUGUCGGUGCUAAAGUUAUUAUAAUUAAAAAUUCAUAAAAUAUAACUACAAAUUUUGUUACAUUUCCUUUAACUAGUGCCUGUAUGGGAAGAUAUGUCAUUACACUUCAAGGAAAGUCAUUUAAAGUAAUUUUUUUCUUAUUUCAUAAAGUAAUUUUUGUAGCCAGUUGGUCUGCAAAAAACCUUACGUUUUAUGUGUUGGAUUUUUGUCUUCAUUUAUACUGCUUGUAUAAGUUUGGCAGUAAAUAUUUCCCCAAUUUAUUAGUUAUUUUUAUGAUACUAAAUUAUCCAUCUAUGUUUUGUCAUUAGCUUGUGAUUGAUUUCUGAGUAUUUUCUGAUAUUCUUUCAAGUUUUUCAGUAAAAAAAACUUCCCUGAGACUGUGUUUGCUUUGUACUAUUUGAAUGAUUUGAAUUCAAACACUUCACUGGCAAAACACACACAUUACACGUGCUCACACACACAGUGUUCUAACAAAUAGUACGGAGCUGAAGUAUUGACAUUAAGUCACGAAUGCCUGCAACUUGUGCUCUGAUUAAUGUCAUCUGAUGUUGCUGUACUUUUUUCUCUGGGAUCUCUACGUGUUAUUUUCAUUUUUACUUUAGUCUGAUGGCAUAUCUGUAAUUGCUUCAUUUCAGAGCUCUAGUUUGGAAAUUUUCGUAUUCUAGUUCCAUCUGCAAAUGUAAAAAAAAAAGGGCAUUUAAAUUCUUGUUAACCGUAUUCUGGUGUGUAUUUGUGAACUGUGUAGCAUAGCUCUAAUCUUAUUACUUUGGAUGGUUCAUAUGCUGCAAUUAUUGAUAAAAGCAUGUGUUUUUAAAAGCAAAAGAGUGUUAAUCAUGGGGGUGAUAAGGUUAUGGUCCAUUUAAUUUUGACUACUGUUAGCUAGGAAAGAAUUAUAAAAAAAGAGGGCUAUAUAUAGUAUGUAUAUAUAUAUAUAUAUACAUAUAUAUAAGGAAGUGAGAUAAGAUUUUUCCAUUUGACUUAACUACUUUGUGUUUCUAUAAUGCUGUAUAUUAUUAUACGAUAUAAAUAUGUUAGCUCCCACGGAUCGGACCAACAGUGGAAUGGGAUCAGCAUGGUGUGAUGGGUGACAAUUGUAACUUGCAGUUGUAAACAUUAUUGCUAAUCUGUAUUGAGUGAAAUAUUUUAUUUUUUCCUCCUCAUAACACGAUGGAGUUGCAAGACGAAUCUUUGUGUGGUGCCACUUCAAGAAGACAGUAGACAGUGAUUGCUUGUGUUGUGUUUUUUGAGAGAGAAAAAGAAGAAACACUUAGUGAAAUAUUUUUUUAAGUUUUAAACUAUUUUUUAAAAAAAGUUUAAAUAGUUCUAAACUGAAAGCAAAGGUUACCCAAGUGAUUAGUGGACGUUCAAAUUGACGUAACGUUAUAAAUUUCAACAAAUCUUUUUAAAUAGUGAGAAAGACUGGUCCAUCAUGGGUCAAGUGAACUUGGUUCGGCUGCUAAUGCACCGAUACACUAGAAUUGCUCUUAUUUAAAAAGUACAGUUCUUUUAUCUUUAAUAUUUUCUCAAUAAACAAACUGAAAAAUAUUUCUUGAUUUUAUAGUGUUUGUUAUUUUCGAUGUUGGACAAUGGUACUUGAAAAUUCAUCGAAAUACAUGCGAAAAGCUUGAUUGAAUAUAUUUUGGACCUUAUAGGGCUGAUUGAAGACUUCUAAUUUUUACAAUGUAGCUUCACAAAAACAUGUUACAUAAAACUGAAUCAAUGAGACACUGUCUUUCAAUUGUUAUUGUUCUGCGACCAGACUCUGUGAGGACUCCAUUAUUAGUUGAGAUGGUUAUAACCUGGCUUGCCACGGUUAUUGAACGUGCACGGAUUUGCGUGUGUGGCGUGCUUUUGUUUCCUACACAACUGCAGUAAGAAAGGAUUUAGAAGGAGAAAUUCUUUAUGAAUUGUAUCAUCUGUUGGUACUUUUGACAAUUAAUCUCUGUGCAUGAAAUUUUGUGUUAAUUCUGUUAUGCAAGCAAUUUUGCACUAAAACUUUUUUCCUCUUAUUUGGCUGUUGAGAUAUUUAUUACAAAUCCCUGGUAUGUAAUACACUUAAUAAGGGAUGUGCAGUGUAGCUCAAAGAGAAAAUCAAAUGUCACCGUAAUUUGUAUACUGAGUGAAAAUUCCUUAUGUGUAUGUGUGUUUUGAAACUUUGUCCAUUUUUUGAAGCUCGAAAAAAGUACAUGUUUUAUAUCUAUAUUUUUUAUAUCAUGUUUUACUUCUAAUGUUUUAUGGGUAAAAAGGUUUCUAGAGUUGAUUUUAAAAAUUCCAUGAGAGGUAAGUAUAGAUUAAAAUUAUUUGGCCUUUUUUUUUCUUUUCAUUAAAUAUAAAUAAAGUUUCUGAAACCAUUGUUUAAAAAAAAAAAAAAAAACGUUUGUUGGAAGUACUAGUUUGUGUUGACUUCAUGCCCUAGGUAGUUAAUUAUUUGUCAUUAUCUUGCCUGGAAUUUCAAACAUUAAAAAUUAUUUCUGAGUGUAAAAAAAUGGACUAAGUUUAAGUGAUCCGACUAGUGGGAAACUAUUGUUGAUAGCUGAAAAUAAAAAUCACCACAUAGAAA